GCCCAGGAUAAGUAUUUUUAAAAAGCAACACUAAGUAUUAAUCUAGGUAUGCGAGAAUUGCGUAAAUCGCAACAAUUUCUCUUCAAUAUAGCAAAACACACAACAGCCAUACUAAAUAUAAUAUUUAAAGAUCAACCGUAGGUAUUUAAUUUGUUCAAUCAGGUUUACUCAGACAUAUAGACACUAUAAGAGACGAGUUAACCAUUUUUUUUAAUAAUACUUCAAAGGUCACGGUGUACCUACAAAGUAUAGUCUUGUUUUCACCAUAAUUCAUGUUUACCAGAUUAAUUUGUAUUUUAGUUGUAAUUUCGUGGUUUAAUGAGAAUUUUUAGAAAACAUAAAUAUGUAGGUACCUAUUUGACAAUGUUCAUUUCGAUAAAAAUAAUAUAAUAGAAACCAAGAAGGCAAUAACCAAAUACUAAUGCAGAUCGGUCGACCGUGAUGUAGAAAAGACAUAGGUAGGUAAUGGAAUAUUUAUAAUAUCUCACUUUCCUCUCGAGAGUCGCGCACUGGCGAACUCGCAAAUUUUAAUCACGACCGUGAAUCGUGAUUAAACAAUAUCAGUGGCGGGAAAUACAGAAUUAAUAGCGUGAGUAGAAUGUAUUAAAACAUUAUAUUCUCGUAUGCUGAUAACUGAUAAGUGAAUUCACUGUGAUAGUGUUCAACAUUUUUCACUACUUAGUACUUACUACUUACCUAUUCAUUCUAAAGUUCAUAAUAGUAUUAGGUAUAUUGUUAUUAUUAUAAUGAACGAUUUCAUAAUAAUAUAGUGCCUAGUUUAUUAUUGUUAUUAAUUAAUAGUAAUAUGAUGAUUUCUUGUAUUUUGUCCGAUGCUACCAAACAACGGCCUUGAGGCCACAUCGUACCUGGUCAUGGUGUACACUCGUAAUCGGUUCACUUUCUCCUUUUCUCUUUCAUAACUGCACGCUCGUCGUGAGCGCGCCGCGUCCAAUGCCACACCGUUCGUCAUGAACAGCACAUCUCCAAUAUUUCGGCUAUUAUGGCCCAGGAUAUCGAAGAAUUCGGCAUCAGCUGUCGUCUGUUACCAGCGACCGUAUGCUUCUUCAGCCACGGCAGUCCACAACGGCAACCAACAAAAACCUGACUGGAACCGUGCAGUGUCUGAAGCUGAGAAAAUCGUUGGCUACCCAACGUCGUUUCUUAGCCUCAGAUGGCUGCUGAGCGACGAGAUUGCAAAUGUUGCGUUACACCUACGCAAGUUGGUCGGUUCCAAUCAUCCACUGCUCAAAACAGCCAAAGGCCUAUUGUAUAAUGGCAGGAAUAACAUGCAGGCUUGGGGUUUAAUUGUGUUACUAAUUUCCAAAGCAGCUGGUCAUUUAAAUGUUGAUGAAAUGGAAGAAGACAAAGCAGCUGGUGUUUUACAUAGUCAAAGGGCACUAGCUGAGGUUACCGAAAUGAUUCGUACAAGUCAUUUAGUACACAACGGUUUGGUUAACAUAUACCCAGGAUUAUAUCCUGAACCUGUUAUACUCAAUGAUAUGGCUUUUGGAAAUAAAAUUGCUUUACUCAGUGGUGAUUAUUUACUUAGUAACUCAUGUGCAGAACUUGCCUCUCUCAGGAAUCAAGAUCUUGUUCAGUUAAUCAGUAGUGCUUUACGUGAUCUUUCUGAAGCCGAAUUUGUUGGUAGAAGAGAUUCCCAAAAUAAUCCUCUCCCUUCACCAUUUGAACCACUUAAUCGACAUUUUAAUUCCAAGUUGCCUCUUGACCCUUUAGAACCAUCAGAUUCUUUAGGAAAUAUGCCAUUAACACCUGCUCUUCAAGACUGGACUAAACGUAAUGUUCUAUCAGCUGGCAGUUUAUUAGGCAAAUCAUGUCAAGGCACAUUAGCUUUAGCUGGACAUGGAAUAGAGUUACAAAAACAAGGAUUCUUAUUUGGUAAACAUCUUUCACUUGCUUGGCAGGCAUACUUAGAUUUAGAACCAUUUAUGUCUGGUUCACCAUAUUCCUUGGGUAUCUCUUUCAAUUUAACAUCAGCACCAGUUAUGUUCCACCUUGAACAUGACCCAUCGUUGUUUGAAGAAAUCGACAAGGGUGUAAAUUCUGUUCAAGAUGUUGACUAUGCAAAAAUACAUAGUAUCGUGAUGAAAGGACCUGGGAUAGAUUAUACCAAACAAUUGCAAAAAGAACAUUCUCGAAAAGCCAUGGAAGUGUUAGAAGUUUUUGAAGAGAGUGAUGCGAGAACAGCACUAUCUAACAUAAUUGUAGCGAUGGGAGGCGAAUAAAGUAUUAUAUUUUGUA